UGAAAUCUCUGUCUCAUGCAUCAAACCGACCUCGUGUCUUCUAUAUAUUUGUUGUUCUCCAACAUGCACUUGCCAUUUUCAAAUUUCUCACCCGAUUAGAAUCUUUUUUUCUUCGCUCUCUCUUUUACACUCUGAAUUCAGAAUAGACAUUAUCAUGAAGAGAAACUGCUAUUUGAAUCUUCGAUCAAAUCCUUCAUCCCGUGAAUCAAUGAAACAAACGGAGUUUUUCUUGCACUUGCAAAUUUAUCUUUUUGUGCAAGGAUUUUUUAGGAAUGAGGCGUUGAACGUAAACCAGCAAAUGGUUGCCAUUCCUCAUAGUAGACGCCACAUGUUGGAUGUUACAGAACUUCAGGCUAGAGUGAUAAUAUGGUUGGCAAGUCAAGAAAUGGAAGCAAGGAAGGGUAACAAAGGACCAGCUUCAAUACCAUUGUUUCCAUUGCAACCUCAAGCACUAUUAAUGCAAGGCUUUUGCAUAAAGAGAUCACUUCACAAUUUCCUUCAGAAGAGAAAGAAAAGGUCUAAAAGUCACGUCUAGCUCCAUUGCAACUUACUAUAGCAAAAACUAGUCAAAUUAUGUACUACCAAAUUUUACCCUUUGCGGGGACCAAUAGUGUAUUUUCACUUGAUACACCACUUUCUUCAGUGGUCUAGUGAUAAGGCACAUUUUUAUCAAUGAAGAAUGGCUCUUCCAGUUCA